AUGCCUCCCCUGAGCGCACUUUACCAAGAGUCUAUGCUAAGCCACCCCUACGGCUACGCUCUAUAUGAACCCGAAUCCUCAAAAACCCUCCAACCUGGCUUCUGCGGUUACAUCACAGAGCUUGGCCAAUGGACGCCCUUGCUAGGGGCUGACCACUUGCCAAUCAACCUCGGCGAUGCAACAUCACUCGCUCGCAAUGGCCUCACGCCAUUCACUCACUUCCAGCGAGCGCCUUCAGAUUCACGGUCCUGGGGCCCAAAAGUCUCCGGCCGCCUGAAGCAGAAGAAACUCGACCUAUCCGCCGGCGCAUCGCUCCUCCCGGCUGGAAUCCCCGCAGAUAUCGGCGCGCUGUACCAGUACAGCAACCGGGAUGGCUUCGGCGCGAUCCUCAUGACCCAAAGCCCGGUUGUAAAGGACUCUCUCUACGGCAGCACGGUCUUCCGCCUGUGGUGCAAGGCCAAUUCGGAGACGAUUCUCCGGCAAUGGCCAGAUAUCAAGGAGCGCGGACUUAUCAUCGUGACAUCGGUGUACACCACGAAAUUCGCGAUGACUAACGCCUGGACGGAGAGUGAGAAGGAGGUCACGAUUGGGUUCCGGGCGGGUGCGAUCGAAAUCGGCGAGAUUGCGCCGUCUUCCUCGUGGCAUACUGCCGAGGGGGACAGUGGGUGGGUUGCAUCCGAAGCGAGCCAGCCUGAUGAGAGGAAGGUUGUUUUCUUUGGGGGGCUGCAUUUCAAGUAUCGGCGCCUGGCGGCGGUGCUGCCCCAGUCGCAUGUCUUCAGCGCAUCCUCGAUUGAAAAAGCGAAAUUCCGCGACGCGGAUCCGGAAGCUCGAGAAUUUACGGUCGUCGAGAAGGCUGACGAGGGGGAUUUGUACGACGUGCUGGUGACAGCGGAGGAGAAGGGUGAGAUGGUGGAAAUGCAACCGGCUGCGGACGAGGACGAUGAUGACUUUUGA